UCUACGUAACCGUGACAAUUGAGACUGUUCGGGCUGGUUAUGGAAGAGUCUGGAAGUUUCCACACGGUUUAUAAAGAAAACGCACGGAGCACUAAGGACUGAGUUCAGUUAGAGGAGGGGCGGAAGAAGUUCCUCAGCAGCCUUUUAAAAAGUUUUAACAUUUAGUAAGGAGACCGUUGGAUUGUCAAAAUGGGUAAGGACUACUAUGAAAUUCUGGGAAUUAAGAAAGGAGCGUCGGAGGAAGACAUAAAGAAAGCUUAUCGUAAACAGGCUUUGCGCUAUCAUCCCGACAAAAACAAGUCACCGGGAGCCGAGGAGAAGUUUAAAGAAAUCGCUGAAGCUUAUGACGUUUUGAGCGACCCAAAGAAAAAGGACAUUUACGAUCGCUACGGAGAAGAAGGUCUGAAAGGCGGAGGCCCCUCUGGUGGUGGUGGUCCUGGUACCUUCAGCUACACCUUCCAGGGUGACCCUCAUGCCAUCUUUGCAGAGUUCUUCGGUGGACGUAACCCAUUUGAACAGUUCUUUGGUGCCCGCAACGGGGGAAUGGAUGAGAACAUGGACACUGAUGAUCCUUUUGCCCGUUUUGGAAUGGGCGGUGGUGGAAUGGGCGGUGGUGGAAUGGGCGGCGGUGGAAUGGGCGGGUUCCCCCACUCCUUCAGUUCCGGUAUGGGUGGUCACUCUAGUGUUGUAAAGAAGCACCAGGACCCUCCUAUAGUUCACAAUCUCCGAGUAAGCUUAGAGGAAGUGCUGACAGGUUGCACAAAGAAAAUGAAGAUCUCUCGGAAAAGGCUGAACCCUGAUGGGCGAACAGUACGGACAGAAGACAAAAUCCUGGAGGUGCAGAUAAAGAAGGGGUGGAAAGAGGGCACCAAAAUUACAUUUCCUAAAGAGGGGGACGAGACUCCCACAAACGUUCCAGCUGAUGUCGUCUUUGUGCUGAAAGACAAACCACAUCCUGUUUUCAAACGCGAUGGCUCCGACAUUGUUUACACAGCCAAGAUCUCACUCAGAGAUGCUUUGUGUGGAUGCACAACCAACGCCCCCACACUGGAUGGUAGAACAGUGACAGUGUCAUCAACAGACAUCGUGCAUCCAGGGAUGAAGCGGAGAGUUAGUGGUGAAGGACUGCCUUAUCCCAAAAGACCUGAUCGUCGAGGUGACUUGAUAGUGGAGUUUGAAGUCAAGUUCCCAGAAAGGCUCAGUCAGAAUGCCCGAGACACCAUUGCUCAGGUCCUCCCACGAUCCUAAACAAGACAGAUGGACUUUCAGGAAUUUGACACUAGGCUGCCAACAGUUUUUAUUUUUAUUUUUUAUUUGUUUCUCUCAGUCACCACAUCGAUGUUCAUGUGGAGGUUAAAAUUUGACCAGACAAUAAAGGACAGACAGACUCUUGGGUCAGAGCCCUAUGUGUUCCUGUCAGCCAAAGUGUAAAUGACACCAUAGGAAAUGUUCAUCAAUCACAUUUCGCAGGCUCCAAUGUAAAUAUGGCCAAUAUUGUUUGGGGUGCUGAACAAGUAGGAAAUAUUUUUAGAUAUACGUGUAUUAUAAUAUAGAAAAUAUGUGCACUUUUUUGAGAAUUGCUUUGUUCGGAAUAAAGGUUCUUUUUGGAAACGUUUUGUAUGACUUUGCAACAGGAAGAUUUUCAUUGUUUAUGUAGUUCAGAUGGGACACUUGUUAAAUGCAGACUGAUGGAGAACAGAUUUACUGUCCUAGGAUGGGGAGAAAAAGUUUGGUUUGAAAGAUCACAGUUGAUAACUUAAUGAAAAUCUGGUAACGGUUACAACAAUGUUGGUCAGAAUUGUCAUCCAUUGUUAUUAAAUGGAGAAAGAAGUGAAAA